AUGAAAUCCACUCUGCAAACUAAACUCAUACGGGUGGCCUGAGGAAGCAACAAAGAGACGCAGAGAGUGAGCGCUGAAGGCUGAAGGAGCAAUGGCGCUUCUCAAUUCCUCUCUAUCUGUUUCUACUCCCACCAACGCUUCUCUUCCAAAUCUGUCCUUCUUCAGCAAUCGACCUAGAAACUUGCCCUCUCGGAAAAUAAUUGGAAUGUACAAGAAAUUGAGUCUCUGUUCGACUUCAAUCUCAAAAUCCACCUCAGAAAAUGUGUUUUCCAGAAGGGAUUUGUUGCUAUUUGGGCUUUCUUCUUCGUUUGUUCUGACAUUUCCAUCAUUAGGUUCUCUUGCGGAGGAACAGUUGAAGGCUGCUACAAUGGUCGACGAAGUAAAUGCUUAUUCUUAUAUUUAUCCACUGGAAUUGCCGUCUACUAAUUUCGCCUUCAAAUGGGUGGAAUCAAGAAAACCCGAACGUUAUUCUUCGGCUGCUCCACUGUCUCCUGAUGCACGAUUGAGGAUUGUCUCUGAGCGAGUUGAUUUCAUCGACAACCUUAUCAUAUCGGUUACGAUAGGCCCUCCAAAUUCCAUGUAUAUAAAAUCAAAGGACAAGAGUACUUGGACAGCAAAAGAUGUUGCAGACUCUGUUUUAUCCGACAAAUCUGCAUUGCGGGUCACUUCGAGUCAGCGCCUGGCUGAGAGUUCAGUCCUAGAUACUCAUUCAAGUAAUAUUGAUGGUGAGCCAUACUGGUAUUAUGAGUACCUUGUUCGAAAGUCGCCAACAAAAAUCGUCGGAGAAUCCAACAUUUACAGGCAUUAUGUUGCAUCGACCGCAGAACGAGAUGGCUUUCUGUAUUCUAUCAAUGCUUCAACUCUUGGCGCGCAAUGGAACUCUAUGGGACCUUUUCUGCAGCAAACUGUCGAGUCAUUUCGACUUCUUCCUCCCACGGAAGAUUAUGUUCCUCCAUACAAGGAUCCAUGGAGAUUUUGGUGACAUUUUUUUUGUGUCCACACUGCAUUUACAAGCAUUUUUGUAUCGUAUUCUUUUGUCGAGUGAGUUCUAGUUCAUUUUCGAGAUCUAGGCGUAGCUACAGAUUCUGAAGGGUCAGCUUUAGACAAAGUUGAUCUCUCCAUGAUCAAACUAUGUUGUGUAUUUCAUUGCCACUUCAAGUCCAAAAACCUUCAAUAGCAUAAAACUUUGAAAAUCA